AUGAUAAGUCUAUCCGUCUAUGGGAUGUCAAAACAGGAUAAUAAAAAGCCAAAUUAGAUGGUCAUAGUAACUCUGUUAUAUCAGUCUGUUUCUCUCCUGAUGGAAAUACAUUAGCUUCUGAUAGUGUAGAUAACUCUAUCCGUCUAUGGGAUGUCAAAAACAGGUAUUUUUCAGAUUAUAGAUUUAAAGAAAUUUAGGUUAAAAAUGCAAGAUAUCCUUUUUUUAACACUCCUUUGCAGUAAAAGAAUAUUAUUUAAAAUUUAGAUACAUCUAAUAUUAUGGUUUACCCAGACUUCAAUUUUUCAAGGUUUAAGAGAGUUUUUUAUAAAAAACCGUUUCCUUUUAGGAGAAUAAUUGGAGUAACACUUGA